AUGGAGAGCUCCAGGGCGAGCUAUCCACUCGCACUAGGUGUGCUGUUCGCCCUUUUCAACCCAUCCACUGCUAUCUACAAUCCAUCCUCUGUAUUCCUCUCCCCGCAAAAUGACUCCCUCGCAUAUAUCCUCCGACCCAGCUCCACUGGCGAAACCGAAUUUCUGUCCUUGAACUUGUCCACCAGUGUCAAUGCCGACGACCUAUCAUACCAUACUCUGCUCAGUAGCACACCGUUCCACAAUACAGGGCAGAACUCAACGUUCAUUCCCGCGAUCGACGAUGAGGGGUCCAUAACCGUCUAUGCCGGUAACUGUCACAGCACAUCCGAUAGCCUGGCACUAUGGCAGUUCCACCCAAACAGCAACAGCCCAAUUGGCAACGGGACAUGGGACAAGUUGGCAGUUCAAACGAGCGACGUUCAGACUGCCCCAAACUACCUCGCAGCGGGGUUCACAUACUCCUCAUCCGGCCGUUCAAAUGAGACCGCCAUGUACGCCUUUGGAGGAUUGUGUCCAUUCGCAAACAGCACAGACCAGGCUUGGAUAUCGGCAGCAAAUUACUCUCAGUCGAUGGUGACUUUAAGCCCGAGUCCCUACUACAGCAACAAGUACAGCGCAGCCACCACAGGGAAGCGCGCACCACCGGUCGCAGAAGCGGGCAUGGCCGUCGUGCCGCUUCAGGCUACCUAUUCAGCCGAUUCAACCGGGAAACAGCAGGAUUUUCUUUUCGUUGGUGGCCAUACCAGACAUGCGUUCCUCAACAUGUCGACGCUUGCUAUUUUCUCGCUGCCGCAGCAGAGUUGGAGCUUCAUUUCGACCUCGGACAAGACACCAAAGACUGAACUGGCUAUUCGAGAUACGGCCUCUGUAGAACCCCGGUCUGGUCAUACAGCAACUCUCUCGGAAGAUGGAAAGAAGGUGUUUGUGCUUGGUGGCUGGGUGGGCGAUACGACUGUCCCUGCUGAACCGCAAUUUGCAGUUUUGGAAAUCAAAGAAGGGUUCGGUGGAGCCACAGAGUGGAUUUGGACGACUCCUUCUUCUGAAGGAAAGGGUAUCACCGAGGGUGCUGGCAUCUUUGGGCAUGGAGCCGCAAUGCUACCAGGAGAUGUGAUGAUGAUUUUUGGAGGAUACACCAUUCCAAAACAAUCAUCAAAACGGGCUGCAUCGACUGCGAACUCGCAAUUCUACCUCUAUAACGUAACAUCAAAUAGUUGGGUUACGUCCUACAGCAACCCUGCAGCCAGUUUCUCUACAUCCUCGUUGAGUCACAAUGCCAGUCUUUCCAAGGGCCAAAAGGCUGGCCUUGGAGUCGGUCUGGGUAUCGGAUGCCCUGCUGCUUUGGCCCUUGUAUUAUGUGCAUGGAAUUACCAUCGAAAACGACGUGUACGCGGAAAGCGAGACUCACAGCUUCGCGAGUUGGCUCUUGGAGCGGAACGAGCUCACUUCUGGGGUCGAGAUGACCCUAACCAGGCAAGCAGCAUUCGAAGCUCUGGAAUGAGCGAGAAAAGAGAUUCUUCUGCCUACCCUUGGUCUGCAAACCGCAAUGCAGCCACACGGCCCAACUGGAACGACCAGGGCGAAGGCACGGCAGAGAGAACUGGGCUACUCAUGGAUCCUCCCAGUCCAGUCAAGAACAACCGAGCUCCUGUACCUGUGAAUACGAGACCGUGGUCAUAUCGUAUAUCUGGGCACAGUGAAUUCCGACGCAGUGAUGCUACCAGCGAGAUCCACCCUAUCGAUGAGCGCGAGGAGGAUGAAGCUAUCUUCAGAGAACGCCUGAUGGCAACCAUUCCCGCUGGAAAUGGAGCCACAAAAACUGCGGAGCCCGAGCCUGAAGACCCAUUUUCGGAUACUCCCUACGCAACUCCUCGAAGCACCAUCUUCGGCGUUGGCCUGGGUCCAUUCUACAGCCGACGAAAGGAUAUUGGAUCCGUUGAUCCCGGGUCUCCAACCAAGAGCGAACGAACGCAAACCAGCCUAUCCGAUGCCUCAGCUUUCUCCUUCGCCUCUUCUCAACCAGUAGGCAAAGUAUUAACAGCACGAGCCAUGGUUGUUGACAGACCCGUGAGCUGGGCAAGCAGCGGCCGUCAAUCCCUCGAAAAUCUCGCCGCAGCCUCAACACAUAGUGACCCUGACAACACUGCCCCAUCUGAGAAGUCAGCCUCAGCGGACUCUUACUCAACAGCACAGACAACCAUGUCUCAACGCCAAGCAGAGAAUGACUCCCUUCUCUUCGACGCCCUCGACCCAGUCAACCCAUUCGAAUCAUCUUCCCCUUCAAAACUCCGCCGAGAUUCUAGACCCAGACCCUCAGAAUGGGUUAUGCAAACAAUGCGCCGAGCUCUAACAAUGACCCGCGGCGGCUCGCCAUCCCAGCGAGACUCUCACAAGACAGCCCCGCUGGCAUCUGGCAUCGACCGCCGCAGCACAGUCAUCGGCUCAGGCCAACUGUCUCCUAUAACAGGAUCGGGACCAGGCACUCCCCGCCGAGCAGUCAGCGCAUCCGCCGAACUCUUCCGCCGCAAACAAGGCGCCAAGGACUGGAAUGCACGCAAACGCGUCUCAGACGACGUCUUCAAUACGGCUCGCUCUACACGCGAUGAUCUUUUCAUCGGUGCGCCGGGGUAUCUGGGCAAUGAGGAUGCAUUUGUCGAUGAUGAGGCUGAUGUGCAUGAUUGGGAUGUUGAAGGCGCUGCUGAGGGUCGGCGCGUGCAGAUAACUUAUACCGUUCCUCGGGAAAAGUUGCGCGUUGUUAAUGCUACUGCCGGUGAUAUGGAUGCUAUCUCCGAGCAGUCCAUUAGUCGUGCGACUGGGAAUCGGAGAUUGAGCACUUAA